GGCUCUCCCGGGAGCGGGAGAGGGCCCUGGAUUACUACGGGCUGUAUGACGAGCGCGGCCGCCCUUACAGUUACCCCAUCGUGGCCGAGGAAGACCUGAUGCCGGAGGAUGAUCAGAGAGCGACCCGCAACCUCUUCAUUGGCAACCUGGACCACAACGUCUCGGAGGUGGAGCUGCGACGUGCCUUUGAGAAGUACGGCAUCAUCGAAGAAGUGGUGAUCAAGCGCCCUGCCCGGGGCCAAGGCGGGGCUUACGCUUUCCUCAAGUUCCAAAACUUGGACAUGGCGCAUCGGGCCAAGGUUGCCAUGUCGGGCCGCGUUGUCGGCAGGAACCCUAUCAAAAUUGGCUACGGGAAAGCCAACCCUACUACCAGGCUGUGGGUGGGUGGUCUUGGUCCAAGUACUUCCUUGGCUGCUCUGGCGAGGGAGUUCGACCGCUUCGGCAGCAUCAGGACUAUUGACUACGUGAAGGGAGACAGCUUCGCCUAUAUCCAGUACGAAAGCUUGGAUGCUGCCCAGGCUGCCUGCGCGCAGAUGAGGGGCUUUCCUUUGGGCGGACCGGAGAGGAGACUCCGAGUGGAUUUUGCCAAAGCAGAAGAGACGAGAUACCCGCAGCAGUACCAGCCUGCACCGCUCCCCGUGCACUACGAACUGCUGGCUGAUGGGUACAGCAGACACAGAAGCCUAGAGCAAGACUUGAGGGUGCGAGAUAGGACUCCUCCACAUCUCCUGUACUCGGACAGAGACAGGAGCUUUGCAGAGGCAGACUGGGCCAGCCCUGCCAAAAACGCUGAACGCAGAAACAACUUGGAAAGCUACAGCCGAUCGGUGCGUAGCCGGAGCGGAGAGCGCUGGGGCAGCGACAGCGAUCGCAGCGUGCCCAAACCGUGGGAAGAGAGGCGGAAACGCCGGAGUCUUUCCAGUGACCGCGGGAGGACUACUCACUCGCCUUACGAGGACAGAAGCAGGACAAAGGCCAGUGGGCCGGCUUUAGACCGCAGCCCAGACAGGGCUCGCAAAGAGAAUCACACUACAGAAUCCGGAGCCGAGAAAGAGCAGAGUAACUCCCUUCAGAACAAUCGUCACGCGACUGAGGAGAAACCCCAUCGUGAGGCAUCCGAUGCUCCCCAGCCUAAAAAAAGGGACAGCGAACGCAAUCAUCGAACUGGUGAGUCGGAAUCAAAAACUCACGAGGAGCCAAAAUCUGAGACCAAAAAGCUAAAGAAUUUAUCAGAAUAUGCUCAGACACUGCAACUUGCUUGGAACGGCCUUCUUGUGCUAAAAAACAGCUGCUUCCCCACCUCUAUGCACAUCCUGGAGGGAGACCUCGGUGUCAUCAACGGGCUCCUUAAAGACCAUUCAUCCGGCGGGAAGUUAACGCAGCUCAAAAUUGCUCAGAGACUUCGGCUCGACCAGCCCAAGCUGGAUGAAGUAACUCGCCGUAUCAAACAAGGCAGCCCCAACGGCUACGCUGUGCUCCUGGCGACCCAAUCCACCCCGGCAGGGGCAGGGGCUGAGGGGACCUUCCCUGUUGUAGAGCCCGGCUUGCAGCGACGGCUUCUCAGGAAUCUGGUCUCCUACUUGAAACAGAAGCAGGCUGCUGGGGUUAUCAGCCUGCCCGUGGGAGGGGCGAAGGGCAGAGACAGCACAGGCAUGCUUUACGCGUUCCCUCCUUGUGAAUUCUCUCAGCAGUACCUCCAGUCAGCACUAAGGACAUUGGGAAAGUUAGAAGAAGAACAUAUGGUGAUAGUUAUAGUCAAAGACACUGCCUAGCCCACACUGUCUUUUCAAAUUCCAUGUUUUCUUUGUGUGUCACACAACCCAGUUGUUUUUAAGGCCGAUCAUUUUGGUGGAGGCUCAAAACACCUCGACCAAAGUGGUAAGAUUUUUAGUUUCUAAUUAAUUUUAAUACCAUUUAAAUAGAGCCCAUUUUAUUCGUUUUUAAUAUGUGACACUGUCCGCUGUUGUUCUGUAUUUUUAUUUUUUAACUGUAUGAAAAGUUGUCAGUAAAGCCUUGUUCACUGAUGGAUUUCUAAA